AUGCGUCUAUACGGGCACAAAUUACUUGCCUCCACGGCUGCCAUUGGCGUAGUCGUUGGGCAAGGUAUCCCACCCUCGUCCAAUGCGGUCCCAGGCUUCACUGCUCCAGCAGCCGAGUAUCGCCCCAAGUUCAGAUAUUGGCUUCCAGAUGCAGAUGUCGACCACGAUGUCCUCAAAGCCGACAUCCAAGACCUCCAAAAGCUCGGCGCCGGCGGUCUAGAGUUUCUCCCGUUCUACAACUACGGCUUCGGCGAUGUCAACGACUCCAAGAUGGAGACAUACGCCUUCGGCAAGCCAGCGUUUAGAGACGUUCUCAAGGUUGCGCUUGAAGCGACCAAGGCGAAUGGGCUGUCGAUGGAUGUGGCGCUGGGUGCUAGCCAGGGUCAGGGUGUUCCAUCGAAGCCGCUUACUCCUGGUCUUGCUGUACAGCUUGUCUACGGCAAAGUGUCUGUCAAGGGAGGAGAAAAGUUCGAUGGGGCUUUACCAGCUGCUGAUAUCAACUGGAAUGAGAACUUGGGAUAUGUUCACCCACAGGAGAAGUUUGGUGGGAGCCGUCUUGUUGGGGUCUCUGCCGCUGCCGUCGCAUCAACAAACACCUCGGACGACAGCAACGCCUUCGUUGCCCUAUAUGAGAAGUCACUCGUUGACCUGACGAAGUAUGUCAAGAACGGCAAACUCACAUGGACGGCACCAAAGAAUUACAAAGAGUACAUUGUAUUCGCGCACUACGAGCGCUACACCAACCAGCGAUCCUGCGACGGCGUGCCCACCGAUGUCAUUGCCAAUGGCUCUUGGGUCACAGACCAUUUCAGUGCAGCUGGGGCGAAGCUAGCUUCCCAGUUCUGGGAGAAGAACCUGUUGAGUACUCAGAUCCGUCAGUUGCUCAGGGAGGUUGGCAAGCACACUUGGGAGGACAGUAUGGAGAUUCAAGCUUCGCUUUACUGGUCUCCUGACUUCCCUGAUCGCUUCAAGGCUAAGCGCGGUUACGACGUCAUCAAGUAUCUUCCAUUGCUAUUCCACAAGUCGACUUCCUUUACAGCAGCUCAGGCUCCCUACAACACUACCUUUUACCUCGAUGGAACUCUGGAUGACGGACAGAACAAGUACCUCCAGGACUACCGACUGACCCUGAACGAGGGUUAUCAGGAGUAUCUACAGACCUUUGAAGAUUGGGCUGAAUCGCUGGGCCUCUCUCACUCGUGCCAAGUUGGUUAUAAUAUUCCCUUGGACAUUCUCGCCGACGUGCCGAUCGUUUCCACCCCGGAGCUCGAAUCUCUAGCCUUCAAAAGGCCAGAUCAAAUGUCACAAUUCGUCGGCCCCGCACACCUCGGACGUCGCAAUGUUAUCUCCACAGAGAUCGGUGCAGUUGCGCAAGGAGCAUACAGCCUGACUAUCCCCUCGCUCGUCAACCUCUUUAACGACGCUUUCGCAGGCGGCGUUAAUGCCAUGAUGAUCCACGGAAUGACGUAUACUGGAGAACAACUUGGAUCGACAUGGCCCGGAUUCACGCCUUUUCAGUAUAUCUACACUGAGCUAUGGAGCCCAAAGCAGCCAGCGUGGAAGUAUAUGGGCGAGAUGAUGAAUUAUACUGCCAGGAACCAGUUUGUUCUACAACAAGGAGUGGCCAAGAAAGAUUUGGCCUUUUACCUAUAUAAGGAUCCUUUUGGCAUAUCAGAUGAGUAUAAUGGCACGGAUCUUCGUGCUAGUGGCUUCACAUACGAGUAUCUCUCGCCAGCGAACCUUGGCUCAAAUGCCUUCAAGGUUACGAACAGGAUUUUGGACUCUGAAGGUGCAGGAUAUCGCGCGCUCAUACUCAACCAGCAAAAGUUCAUCACUGCUGAGGCAUCGCAAAAGCUCGUUGAGCUGGCCGAUGCAGGCCUUCCAAUUGUCGUCAUUGGAAGUCCGCCCAGCACUACCAUUGGAAGUAAGGGGCAAGAUGCUGUGAGCAAGAACAUCUCGAAGCUCAAGGCAUCCAAGUACUCCAACAUUGUUUUCGUCAAAUCCGCUGAUGACCUACUCCACGCACUUGAGAAACUGUCCGUCAAGCCCCGAGUGACGACGGACUCAGAUGCUGCGAGGGACUUGUACACCGUGUGGAGAUCAGACAAGGGGUCGGAAUAUCUGCUCCUCGUUAACAAGGGCUCAUCGGCGACUUUUGAGAUCACGGCAGAGGUUGAGCAGGGCAAGGUUCCUUACAAGCUCGACGCAUGGACUGGAAAACAGGCUGCUAUGGCAUCGUUCAAACGCUCAUCGGGCAGGGUCGCCUUCCAGGUAUCUUUGAAAGCGGGCCAGACGGCUAUUGUUACAUUUACCAGUGGGAAGUCGAAGAUGAGCAUCGUCUCGCAGUCUGAGAAUGUCAUCGACACUACCUAUGGUUCUGAUGGCAAAGAGGGUAUCUCCGUCAUCUUGGAAGAUGAUAAGGCAGCCUCCUUGACAUUGUCCAAUGGACAGACCAAGAAAAUUCCUGCUGCCAGUAAUAGCGACAGGAAGAAUGCUCUCGACAUCGACAUUGGCAACUGGAACUUGACACUUGAGUCCUGGGUUCCUGGUCCUGACGAGGCAAAGUCAGCAUCUGUGAAGAAAGUGAUGAAGCUUGGCACUCAGACAACCCUCAAGCCCUGGUCCGAGAUCUCUGGAGCGCAGAAUGUAUCAGGGGUUGGUACAUACACAGCUACCUUCGAUGUACCACGAGUCCCAAGCAAAGACUCCAUCGCUCAACUUCAGUUCGGUCCCGUACUCAACACCAUUCGAGCAUGGGUCAACGACAAGCAGCUCCCAGCGAUCGAUAUUUACGAUGCUCAAGUCGAUGUCUCGGAUUAUUUGGUAACGGGAACUAACACGAUUCGGGUGGAGGUGGCGUCUACUUUGUUCAAUGCGGUCAAGGCUAGACUUGAUUAUGUCAAGGCGAAUGGCAUUGGUCCUGCUGCACCUAUCUUGUAUACUUCUUCAGAUUGGCAAAAACAUGGAUUACUUGGACCAGUGUCCAUCAAGAGUCUUCGCAAGGUCAGCUUAUAA